AAAAUAUCAUGCCAACAAAUAUUCAAAAUGGCGGCUGACUAGAGACCAGCCGCGGUUAUUGUUCAGUCAAUGAAGACUGUUCGUAAACAAUUGCCAUCUGUGACGUCAUAGUAAAAAAACGGAUUGCGCAAGUAAUAAUGAGCAAGCGUGGUAAGUUUAGGAGCUGGAGUGAAAAUUUAUCGCAAUGUUAUUGGCUUGUAAGCUAAUGCUAAUAAUGGCAGCUAUAGGCUGCCCCCGACUGGCAGUUGGAAUGAAUGUAACUAUGCUAGAUUACUUUACGGAUGAAGAACUGAAGUUACAAUACCUGAUUCCAAAGGUAAACAACUCAAUUGCGCAAUGGAACUUUAGAAGUUACAAAGGGAAAAUUAUACGUGAAUACUUCAUAAACAACCACACGUUCAGUACAGUAGAAGUUACAGGCGAUGAUACCAUCUCUAGUUUAUAUGUAUCUCCGCUGGCACUACUCGAUGCAGGUCGGUAUGAUUGCGUUUUAAACGGCAGAGUGCUUGCAUCAUGGCGUAUUAGUGUACGAUCAGUGGACACCAUGCAGUAUAUUUUAACAGCAAGAGGACAAACUCCAUGGAAAAACACUACAAUACGAGACAAGACUAUUGGCUUAAGAUGGAGUCCUUGGACAAAUUGUGAUGGUUGCGCUGGGAGUGGCGAGCGAAGAAGAUUUGGAUUUUGUUACGUCACAUGGGAUGAAGGUUCUGCUCAUUGUAAUUCUCGCGAAGUUCCGAUUAUGAUGCGGACACUAGCGAAGAGCAGACCUGAAGAGAUUGUUGUUGGAGUCUGUUACGACCAAUGUUCUGAUAAACAACCUCCCAUGUUCGUUCGUGAGCAACGAAUUCUAGUGAAAAAUGGAGCGAGCGUGAAGUUCACUUGCCGACAAAACGCAAGUGUCCGUGACGCGGUUCGUUGGGAACACAAUGACGUCACAGUGAAACGUAAUGACGUCAGCUUCGGUUACGUAGCAUCAAAGUCGAGAUACGUGUCCAAAGACAACAGAUUUUUUUUCAAUAACAUCCACAUGCCAAGCGGUGGAACAGUAAGAUUUGCUUGCACAACGGACAGAAAGCGAAGGAUUAUUUUUCAACUUGUCGUCUCUCCACUGCCCACUAUCGACGUCGCUAGUUUCAUUGACCACAUCCGCUGGAUGGCGAUAACGAGUGCUAUCCAGGUAACUGUCUUUUUGAUUUUAUUGACAUUUUACAGUUUACUCAGGUCAUUUGCAGACGAAACUAGUUUAAAUUUGUGAAGUUAUGUUUCAUUAUCAGCAGUGACGUUUUAUUGUACAGCGUCUUUAUGUUAAGGUUACUAGUUGUUGUAGCUAUAGUUGUGUUAAUUGUGUUGUCAAUAUACGCAUCCUUUGAUAUUCAUAACUCAGCCGUAUACGCACGUAUUUAACCGCAGUGCCUGCGUAUAUUAAGCAUCUUGAUAUUCACUGAACAGAUGACUGUCGUUGAAGUUAACCGCGAUCGGCUCUUGGCAGAACUUUCGGGCGUCGGGCGCUUAACGUCGCGUAAUUAAACUCAGCUCUGCUGCCUAAGUUCUCUGCGGGUGCGCCUGGGGUCGUCACCCGGCCACGACCCGAGAAAGUGGCGAAACUGCAACCUCACGCCCGCUGUUUAUUGCUUAGCGCGGUUACUGCGCUAACCACCGCUGGGACCGGUGUGCUCAGAGCUGCGCCGGCUUUCCCGCGCACCAAGGCCGCCUAAUGGGCUCGCGACCGCUCGGUCAAAGCCGAUCUCAGCCGCUCUUGCUUGUGAUCUCAUGGCUCGACGCGCGGGGUUUAAUUGCUUAAUGGAAAGAUAUCCGAUAGGCCGCUAUACUUAGAUAGCGGCGGCAAGGGAGCGUUGGGCGUCCCGAGAGGCCCCAUACCCGGUUUGAUGCCGUGUUCAUAAUUUAUUGCUUCAUUGCCUCUAAUGAAUAGCUAUCAAGGCGGACUUUUGACCCCACUAUCUGUCCGCAGUCCCGGAACGCAUGCAACAACACAAUACCCGCUCACACCGCCUGGCGCUGCCUGUUGUACCUAAUAUAACCUGAGCGCAUCAGUAUAUGUGAGCGCAAAAAGACUCUUCUUUACCAAGCUCGGCAGUGAUUUAAUAAAGCAGUCACAACGUUGAACAAUCAGCCCAGUGGGCUUGGCGUUAUUGAGUAAAUUUUGCUUGAUAAAUUCAAUAUGUUUCGUUUUGUUUCAGACGAUCUCGCGUCUCAUUUAAUUAAACUCGCAAGAUUUACUUGAAUUAUGAAUAAAUUAUCAUUUAAAGAUCUCCGAUACACCACACGGAUUUCUCCCGAAAAAUUACACGCCAUUAAUUUGGAUUAGAUCAUAAACUCCAAUAUGGCGGUAAUACUAUUGUUGGGUAAAAAUGUGGAUAUAUCGUUAGCACGUAAAUAUGUAUAUUCCAUAAUCGUAUUUUAACAAGGCUGUUUUACAAUCGUGAGGAUACGUAUAUAUAAUUCUGUAAACAUUCUACUACAAUAUUAUGAGACAAUAAACGAAAAUAAAAACAUGAUCCAUCUUA